UGUCCCCGCUGCAAACUUUCCGCCCCAGGCGGAAGCAGGAACUGGAUGCAGAGCCGGAGCCGCCGCCGCCGGAGAGAGAGUUCUCUGGGUGGCUGAGCCUGCCAGGGUGUCACCUUCUACUUCUGGGGGCCACGAUGCUUCCCACGGAAGACUGCAGCUGGCUGUACACCCUGGUGACCCUCAGCCUGCUGACCCUCCAGCUGUCGGCUGGCCAAAAGUGCCUGUCCCAGAGCCUGGAGGACGUGGUCAUUGACAUCCAGUCCUCGCUUGCCAGAGGUAUCCGGGGCGAGGAGCCCACCCAUGCUGCAUCUCAGGCAGACUGCCUCCGUCGCUGCUGCGCCACGAAAAACAUCGCAGGAAACAAAGUGUGCAAUCUGAUGAUUUUUGACGCUCGAAAAGCAGAGGGACAGCCCAACUGUUACCUGUUCUUCUGCCCCAGCAAGGCGUCCUGUCCCCUGAAGCCGGCGGCCGCCGGACUCCACACAUACAGGCUCAUCCCCGAUGACCACGCAUGGCCGGGAGCUGCCUUGCCACACCAAGAGUUGACAGCAAACAGGGCCUCCCCUGGCCCUGAGGGGACCCCAGGCACCGUCACCCCCUCUCCCCGGGAGCCCACCCGGCCCUGGGGAGGAGGUGUGCCUUCUUGGACCCUCAAAGCCUCAGACCCAGCUGGGGCCACUUCCCCAGCCAGCAGCUCUGCCACCCCAACACCUGACUCCGGAGUCCCACAGAAGCCCCCCGUCCCCUCCCAGCCGGUGUCUGCGGGUUUUCCACGUGCGGGGACUUCCUUCGUGGUUCCUAGUACUGUCUUCCCUGCGCCUGCAGAGGCCCAGGGAGCCAUGUCCAGGCUGACCACAAGCCGGGGACGCGCGCCGGCCCCUGCCAUGCUCUCCCUGUCCGCGACUGCCAUCACGGCCACGGCCUGGGGACUCGGGGAGGACAGGGGGCGCCCCGCCACCCCCGCCUCCCCCUUGGAGAGGUGGCUGCUGUUGGGGACCCUGCUGUCCGGUGUCCUGCUGCUGGCCCUGGGCCUGGUCCUCUUGGGCAAGGCGCUGCUCCACGCCCUACGCACCAGGCCCUACUCGCGCCUCGACUACCUGAUCAACGGCGUCUACGUGGGCAUCUGAGGGAAGCCACAGGAAGCCUGUCAUGGACCAGCCAGGGGAAGGCCACCCACAGGUCUUCUCCCCUUCCCUUCUCUUCUUGACCUCUUCUCUCCUCCCUCCUCUUCUCUUUCCCU